AUGAGGUCCUCGUUUACCCACAUCAGCGCCUUCGUGGCUUUGUCUCAUGCGGCAGUGACUCUACUGGACCCAAGUGAUUAUCUUGAUCUGGGGGUCGACGCGGACGAUAAUGCCCUUGCAGCUGACUACGAAAACCCAGGUGCAACAUACCAGACUAUCGCUAUUACUGGGCCCCAUUACUUCUUUGACAACGAGACUACGCUUGCGCGGGAAACAUACACUGUGGAUCAAAAUGACACCAGUGUCAUCGUCAUCACGGAGGAGUCCAACAUAGACAUGACCUACAUUGAUGUGAUCAAGAACGGCUAUGCUUCCAGUCUCAAUCAAGCCAGUUUUUAUGGUGCAAAUGCGGCCAUCAAUGUAGCAAACGCAUCAGUUUCAUACAUUGACCAUUCCAACAUCACAACACGUAAUGGUGCAGCCAAUAUCUAUGCAUAUGGCACUAAUACUACAGUUGUUGUGACCAAUACCGACCUCUACAGCUCGGGCCCAUUACUCGGGGGUAUCCGAAGCUCUGCUUUUGCUGGUGACGGUCCUGCGGGAUAUCUGCAUAUCAGCGACUCAGUAGCUCACACAGCUGAACGUGGGAGCGCGAUAUUCUACGCUCUCGGAGAAGCAUAUGCCACAAACGUAGUUGGAAUUGCAGAUCACUCGCCCGGCCUCUUCUCGGACGGUGGCCAGAAAUCCGCCUUUGACAAUGUGGAUUUCACUGCUGGUUUGCUGGCCGGAACUGUUCUGUUCUGUUCCCAGCCUCGCGAGACUGGUGCAUCGCUCUCGUUUAUCCAGAUAUUGGCGACGAUGAUAAACACGAUAUCCGGAAUCCUUGUGGUGGCCAACUCGUCUCGUAUCACUCCUGAAUUUGACUAUUUUGCGGGAGCUGAGUACAGCAGCUAUGUGCUACCGGCCAUUGUCGACAUCGCUGUGUCCUCGUCCGAGCUGGAGGGGGACUUGGUCACAUAUAAUGGUAGCUCCAUCACUUGGACGCUGGGCGAUUAA